AUGCAGCUCGAGCUGGAAACCAAGCCUGGGAUUCACAUCGUGGACAUCACGCCACAGGCGAGGGGCCUGCAAGCAGCCCGCCUGGGCGUGGCUGAGGGCUUUGUGAAUAUCCUGUCCCGCCACACCACCACCGCCAUCGCCAUCAACGAGUGCGAGGCCCGGCUGCUGGACGACAUACGGCAGUUCCUGCGGAAGCUGGCCCCGCCAAACGAGCCGUACCUCCACAACGAUCUGCAGUACCGGGAGGCGCCGCCAGACUGGCCGGGCGGCUGGGAGGCGGCGGCACAGGAGCCUGAGAAUGCGCACUCCCACCUGCUGUCAAUGGUGCUAGGCAACUCAGAGACUGUGCCCAUCACCGGCGGGCGGCUGGCGCUCGGCACCUGGCAGUCUGUGAUGCUAGUGGAGCUAGAUGGUGCCCGCACGCGCACAGUGGGUGUGCAGGUGGUGGGGACGCAGGAGGGCAACAGCUGA